AUGGCUUGGUUCCUUAUCAAGGACGAGAACCAAAAGGACGAACUGUUGAACAAACAUCGCUUCGUGUUUGGCUUGAAUUCGAGACAGUGUUACAAUGUUACUAUCAAUGUUUUGAUUGUUGUACAUUCUGAUCCAAGAAAUGUUGAGAAACGAGCCGUGAUACGUAACACAUGGGGAUCAGUGAGCAAGUUUAGAAAUACGUCAGUUGCGUGUGUGUUCAUGAUGGGACAACGAAAUGCCAUUCAACCAGAGAUUGUCCAAGAAUCCCGAUUGUUUGGGGACAUUGUUCAAGGAAACUUUGAAGACAGCUACGAUAACUUGACGUAUAAACAUGUAAUGGCGCUUCAUUGGGUGAUUACUCAAUGUCAUGACGUGAGAACGAUUGUCAAACUUGACGAUGAUGUGUUUGUCAAUAUUUUCAAAGUGGUAGACUUUUCGCUAACUACUGGACACUACCACAACAGUUUGUACUGCAACAUCUUACAGAAUGGUAGGCCAUAUCGAAGGGAAGGAAAAUGGAUCACUAGUAGGGAAGACUAUCCUUUCGAGUUUUACCCCAAUUACUGUGAAGGUAUGGCCUAUAUUUUAUCAGUGGAUGAAGCUAGAAGAUUGAUAAAAGCCUCAGAAAACACGCGAUUCUAUUGGAUAGAUGAUGUUUACGUCACAGGUAUUCUUGCACACAAGGCAGGAAUUGGUUAUACACAAUUCAAAGAGUUUCAUGCAUCCGUUCGGUCUUCAUUAGUGAAAAGUUCAAGUGAAGGAUUGAAAAUUAACGCAAUGUUCUAUCAUGAUUUACAGAAGUGGACGUUGUUGUGGCAGAUGUGUUUGACAGAAACGUUGACGUUCAUGAGAUAAGUGUGUGGAGUUUAUCUCUAACUUUUUCCCCAGGUGACCAACACAGUUUUUUCUAAUUACGUCAAAGGGGAUCAUUAAGAUAUACGUUGAUGGCAUGUGGUUAGUUGGUGCUAUUUGGAAGAUAUUUCACAAUAGGGGUGUCCCAAAAGUUGGGUUCACAGACUAUACAAGCAAUCGGUUAUGGUAUUUUACGGGCACUUCACUACUGUUACUACACUGCUCUAUUGAUUGCAGGUGUAAUGGUGCGUUCUCGACGUUUGAACUGAGACAUCGCUGUAAGUGGGUUAAGUCAUUAUUAAAUCAGUGCUCUGGACUAAAUGAACCUUUUUUCGAUCCGUUAAGUCGAGUGAUUUUCUAAGUGGGCGAGUGAGUGAGUGCAAUGAUAUUGGGUUGACGGGUGUUUUGCCUUUACGCCCAAUGGAAUCCAUUUUUCCCUGGCAUUCAUUUUUCAUAUUUUAAAUAA